AUGUCUUCAUCGAGCUCAUCAGCGGCUGCGACUUCAGCAUCUACAUCAUCUUCCCACACAGAUGCGUUGUCUCCUUCUAGUGAAAAAACCACACCAGUGAUUAUUUGCAUUGGGAUGACAGGCUCUGGAAAAACUACGUUUAUGCAACGUCUAAACGCCCACCUUCACUCCAAGAAACAAAAGGAGGGAUCGGAGAAACAAAAGCCACCAUAUGUCAUAAAUCUUGACCCAGCAGUGCUCAAGGUCCCUUAUGGUGCCAAUAUUGAUAUCCGUGACUCAAUCAAUUACAAAAAAGUCAUGGAAGAAUACAACUUAGGUCCCAAUGGUGCCAUUGUCACCUCAUUGAACUUGUUUUCUACCAAGAUCGAUCAAGUGUUGAAACUUGUUGAACGAAAGUCCGAGGAUAAAAAAAUAUCAAAUGUGAUUAUCGAUACACCUGGCCAGAUUGAGGUUUUUAUUUGGUCAGCAAGUGGCUCUAUUAUCACCGAGGCGUUUGCUUCACAAUUCCCCACUGUUAUCGCCUAUGUCGUUGAUACACCUAGAAAUACCAGUCCAACAACAUUCAUGUCAAAUAUGUUGUAUGCAUGUUCAAUCUUAUACAAGACCAAACUUCCCAUGAUUGUGGUGUUCAAUAAGACAGAUGUCACCAGCUGUGAAUUUGCCAAAGAGUGGAUGUCGGAUUUCGAAAGUUUCCAGAUGGCUGUACAGAAGGAUCAAGAGGAAGGUAGUGGCGAGGAGACUAGCGGAUAUAUGAGCUCGCUCGUGAAUUCGAUGUCAUUGAUGUUGGAGGAGUUUUACUCGACCCUUGAUGUUGUAGGGGUGAGUGCAUAUACCGGGCAAGGAAUGGACGAGUUUAUGCAAGCUGUGGAUAAUAAAGUUGAUGAAUAUAAUGAAUAUUACAAAACCGAGAGAGAAAGAAUCUUGAAAAAGAAGGAAGAGGACGAGAAAAAGAGGCAAGCAAAGAGCUUGAGUAAGUUGAUGAAGGAUAUGGAUGUGGGCACAAAAAGUGGAAAGCAAAAGAAAGGUGAGGAUAGCCAAGUCUUGUCAGAUUACGAAGAAGAUGAAAACGAGAAUGGUGAUAAUGAUAAUGAUGAUUUGCAAGGCCAAGUGUAUCCAGACAGUGAAGAAGAAGCAUUGGAUGUAGACCGACCUACUAGAGAAUAUACAUUUGCUGGUGAUCGCCAACUGGAGUUGGAUGAUGUGAAAGACUCAGAUAUACAAGCUAGGUAUAGGGAAGCAAUGGAAGCUACUGGCAAAACUGCUUCAUCUAAAACUGCCGAGAACAUUGCAAACUAUAUCAAGCGGUCGCAAUAA